AUGCUUUGGAGUCAACUAGACUACUUGCUUUCUGUGUUCAUACACCAUCGGGUUCGUCGACUACUUGCGUUGAACACGACCCAGUGGGCCAAAUUAGAACGUCUGUCGCAUGAGAAUCGUCUGCUCAAAUCGGAACGCGCUCGAGGCGAAGUCGUCGGUCAGCCGGGAGCGAUGGCACAUGUUCGCACUUCGUUACCGGAUGCCAAUUCGACAACCUCGUCCGAUUCCCCCAAGGAGAACACCUUCGCUCCCACAAACCCGUGCGGCAUCCCUUUGGAAGUGGAUAUCCCAGGAAGCAACUGUUUACCCGAUGGUGCUCAUCCUGGUCACCUUUUCGAAUCACAUUUGGCCCAACUGCGGUUCUUGGAGGAUCGUGUACGGAUGCUAACUGAGGAGUGUAAUCAUUUGCAUUUCAGACUCGAUGAGGUGAUUAAUCAAAAGACGGAACUGGAGAUCCAGUGUGAUCGGUAUUUGAAGAAUGCAACAAUGUCCGAGAGUCCCACAAAAUGCAGACCUGGACGAAGUCUAACAUUGACACGAUCACGGAACCACAGUUCCAACAGCUCUGAAUUCUCCACCGAACGAACAGAUACGGAACCGUCUGAAUUGCUCAUUCAGGUCAGAGCAGAAAGUGUCUCCACAGGAAUGGAAUGCGAAACCCAUCUUAUGGACAGCACAGUGGCCUAUGCCAAUGGACCACCGGAGGAGUUGAGCACAAUCGGUACUGAAGACACAUUGAGAAUGGCCGUGAGCACGCUAGAUGGAUCUCUCUGAUUGGCAGUCGCACGUACUGUUCUGGUUGCAUUCGCUUUGUAUAUUCCUCACCACCCACCCGUCCGUUCGAUUUUUGAACUCUCAUUUGCAAUUGGGCAGUUUACCGGCCACUUUCGUUCAGAUCAAGUAUUGUUGACUUUCUAUCCCCUCCAACGCCUCUUCUUACUUACAGCACCUCACACACAAUGUAUAUCUUCUAAUUAUGUGACUUUGUGUAUAUCUCUCUCGAUGAAGCAAAAUCAGA